AUGUGCAGUUGGCGGCUAGACACGGUGGUCAUCACGGACUUCAAGUCUUUCGGUGGCCGCCAUGUACUGGGCCCCUUUCAGAGUUUCAACUGCGUCGUGGGGCUGAAUGGCAGCGGCAAAAGCAACUUCUUGGACGCCCUUUCCUUCGCCUUGGGCAUGAACAACAAACACCUUCGAAGCAACCGGUUCAACGAUCUGUGUCACCAAGACAGGCGCGCCCAGGUUCAAGUCCGUUUUAGACAAGUCACCGGCGAUGCCUCAGAACGCGCCACACCCACAACCGAAGAGUACUCGGAAACUGGCGUCGGGCCCAGAGAGGGACAGGGGGCAGCUGGAGAGGGACAGACAGACGGAAUAUCAUCAAGUCGUGUCUUGACGUUGGAGCGUAGGGUAGUGAGUGACAGCUGUACGAUCUUGCUGGUAAACGGGUCAACUACAGACCGUAAGACUUACAACAAGCGCUUGUCGGAGAUCGGCGUUUUUGGCAAGAAUUGCCUUGUGGCGCAGGGCCACGUGGAGGCAAUCUCGCUGUCCACUUCUAAGGAGCGAGGUCGCACGAUCGAUCAGUUGAGUGGCAGUAGUGCGUUCAAGGAAGAGUACGAGGAGGUUGCGAAGCAGAGUCAGACAUUGGCUGCUGAUCUGAAAGUUGCGCAGAGUCGGAAGGCUGAUGCGGAGAACGAGUUGCGAUCGUGUCGAAAACAAUUGGAAGACCUGAAGCAAUUUAAUGCCGUCAAAGCGCUGUCGACGGCCACUAAGAAGUUGUCCAAGCUCGUCGACUGCUGCCACAUCGAGGACCAGCUCCAUGUACGUCUGACCGAGAACAAAGCGCUGCUGGAAGAGAUCGGGCAUUUGAAGAAGCUUACUACGGAGGCAGACGAUAAGGCGACGGGACUCCUGACCAGCAAACGAGAGCGAUUGGAAUCCAUCAAGGUACUACGAGCGUACCAGAAGAAGGAAGACGAAACCGUCAAACAGAGGCUGGCCCAAGCAGAGGAACAUGCCAAUCAGGUCAUGAAAUUGGAAACGGAAAAGGAAGACCUAGUACAGCGAAAAAAUAAGCACAAAAUCCUAUGUAGAGAAACCCUGAACGAGUAUACCCAGCUCUCCGAAAACCUGAUGGCUUUCUUUACUAAAAAUGACCAGGAAAGAACCAGCAAAAAAAACCAGAUACAGAACAACGCAUAUUAUCUGGCAACCGACCAAGUCAGGCAAGCCGUAAAAGAAUUACAGCAUAGCUCUCAAAUAAGCACACUUGAAUUACAAAUAAAAUCGCUGGAACAGCAACAUUCCUUCAAUGAAAAGAAACGCGCCAACGCAAUAGAUGAAUUAGCUAGUCUAGAAGAAUCCGCUAGUGAGCAUAAAGAGAUUUUGUUCCGUUUGAGACAGGAGAUUGAAGCUGGGGAAGAGAAGAUUGGCGCAUUGACAAGGGAGUAUGAGAAGCAGCGUUUGAAUGGGGAAGAGGAUUCAUUGCAAGAGAGGCUUACUGGGAUCAGGAUGUCUUUGGGGGAGAAGAAGGAUAUGUUAAGUCAGUUCCAGACCUUCGGGAGUAAGGGCGGGGCAGAUAAGAGUGCCGUUUGUGAGUAUUUGAGGGCUAGGUUACCGGAGGGAGUAUUUGGUCGCGUGCAUGAGCUCAUUGCUGUGUCGAAUCCGAGUUAUAUGCAGGCGAUUGCUUGCGCAUUAGGUAGGCAAUCCGAGAGCAUUAUAGUGCGCACUUAUAAUGACGCGAUGCGCUGUGUUAAUCUACUCAAAGAAAAACGCUACGGCAUAGAAGAAUUCCUCCCACUUGAUACCGUCAAGUUUAAAAAGAUUGAUAACAAACUCAGGCAACACCCGGAACUCUAUCUCCCAGCUGUCGACUAUAUCGGACUGGAAAAUGAUAGCUUCAUGCCCGCCAUAUUAUCAAUCGUCGGCGACACUGUUAUCGUUGACGGUGACCUUGAUAAGGCUCGACAAAUCGCCUUCCAUGAUCCGACUUUAAAAAAUUAUCACCUCAAAAUAGUUACCAAAGAUGGACAGAAAAUCGCCAAGAAUACAAAUAUCACCCUCAACUCAAAACGCUCCUACGACUCUGGAAAUAAUUUGGUCAGCGGUCAACGAGUACAGUUAAUGAAAGAUAUAUCCCGCCUACAAGAGGAAGAGCGCACCCUACUCUAUCAGCUUGAUCAGGUUACCAAAUCCAAUCGCUCCAUAAGGGAAGCACAGAACAAACUGGGAUGCGAUAUUGAAAACGAAAGAGCUACGAUACAAAAAAAACGUGUGCAAGCGAUCGAACACGAAAAUAUCCAAAAUGCAGACCUUGGAAACAUAGAGGAAAUUAAGAAUACCACUCAAAAAUUAGAUCAAGAACGACAACAGAUAGAGAAAGAUAUAUCUAUGAGUAAAACUGCUAUUCAGAAACAGCAACAAAAGCAAACUAAAGACAAAAAGCUUAUUCAACUCAUAAAAGAUUCCGCAAUAUAUGAACAGCUUCAGAAGGACUUGGAAUCGCUUAAGCUGCAGAAAGAAAAUGCUACGAGAUCCGCCGAACAGAAGAUUAGCCAGCUAAUGACUCGACUUAGCUUGACGGUGAACGAUAAUUUCGAAUGGACCAAGAGCCAAUCGCCCGAGAUUGCUAAGAAAGGAAAGGGGGAAUUUGGUGUUUUGUCUAAGAAAUUGGAGGAUAUUUUGACGUAUUCCACAAAGGGUUAUAAGAUUCAAAUCCAAGAGAAACAGCAGGAGCUUGACAAUUUGAAAGCGCGGCAGUCAAAGUCGGAGGCAUUGAAGCCAGCAAGCGAUGUGGCUCGUCAGCUGGUGAUAGGCGAGCAGGCCUUGAGUGAGGUGGAAGAGCGUUUGGCUCAGUUGAAGGAAGAAACCAAGCAGUUAACUAAGAAGCGGCAAGAAUUAGAUAGAGCUCAGUACCAUGGUAUUUCGAGUAUUAGUGCCGUAAUUAAUCGUCUGGUAGAGAUGAUUGAGGAAAGUGAUAGUCUAUUCGGAAUCAGUUCCCAACCGGUUGGCAGUCCCGCCAAGAAGUCGCGGUUACAGGUCUUGCCUCAAAUUCAGGAGUUGAGAGACUGUCUAAAUUCUGGAGGGACGUCUAAACCUGGCUUCAUAAACUACGCGCCGGCUCUCUUUGCUGCAGGGAUUCCGAGCAUCUUCCCCGUAUUGGAGCGGGAGGGUAUUCUGUUACCCCGUGCCUUACCCUAUCACCCAGUCCAGGACACGGGAAUGGCCGUGGAGAAUGAGCCCCGGAGCCAGGAUGGUGAGCCCCAGAGCCAGGAAAAUGAGACCCAGCGCCAGGAGAAUGAGACCCAGAGCCAGGAGAAUGAGACCCAGAGCCAGGAGGGUGAGACCGAGUGGGCACGCAGUAUCUUGAGAGCUGUGAAACAGGAGAAGCUGGUCGAGCGCAUUUCGGAGUGGUCCGAUACUUUGCGCCGGAUGAAUGUGAAUCUACAGGCGUCUGUGAUGUUCGAGGGGGCGAAGGCUCGAUAUGUCGAGUGCCAGGACCAGUUUGACCUUUUGAAAAAUGAGAAGCACAGCUUAGAUUCUACCUUACACAAGAUCAGGGAUAAGCGUCGCCAUUUGUUUAUUACAUGUUUCGAGAAGGUUAACGGCUUGCUUGAUGAGAUCUACACCCGUCUGACGUCCCGAAAUAUGUAUACUGGGGAUGCCAAUGUGACUGAUGUUUGUGUCAAAGAUGUAUGCGGGAUGGCCAGUAUUGAGCUGGAAGAUGAAGUGAGCUCGGAGCCGUUUACAAAGGGCAUCAUUUUUCACGCUAUACCCCCUGGCAAACGUUAUACAGACAUCGAGAGUUUGUCCGGUGGAGAGAAGACCAUGGCAGCGUUGGCCCUUGUCUUCGCCAUGCAGGGCUACCGUCAGUCACCAUUUUUAAUUUUGGACGAAGUCGAUGCUGCGCUGGACCUCGAGAACGUCAACAGUCUGCGAGACUACCUUGUCCACUCCCCCUUCCAGGUCUUCAUGGUCACCCUCAAAGAAGAGGUCUACUCCUUUGCCGAAGCGAUUAUAGGCGUAUUCAAAAACCCCAGGACCAAGGACUCAAACAUACUCACUGUGGACAUGUCCAAAUACCCAACCGUCACAGACCUGCCACUCAGCGUCCAAACGCAAACCGCUACUUAA